AUGAGGAAGGCGGAAGAAUCAGGAGCGACGGCGUGUCAGAUCAACUCAGAAGGCACAUUGCCCGGAUCUCGCAGCGACAAGGUCCAGCUGCGAGGCAACGAGAGCAUAGAUGAUCCCAAGGAGGCCGGUCAGGAGUCGGUGGUGGUAGAGCGCAAGGGCGACCACGCCGCCAUCUGCAAAUGGACCAUCGCGCAGUUCGGGAAAGUCAAGGCGCGCGCGCUUUGGAGCAAGUAUUUCGAAGUAGGGGGGUUCGACUGCCGGCUGCUCGUAUACCCGAAAGGCGAUUCGCAGGCUUUGCCGGGGUACAUAUCCAUUUAUUUGCAGCUGACGGACCCGCGCGGGACGGCUAGUAGCAAGUGGGAUUGCUUCGCGAGCUACCGGCUUUGCGUGGUGAACGUGAAAGACGACAGCAAGACGGUGCAGCGGGAUUCGUGGCACCGGUUUUCGGGGAAGAAGAAGUCGCACGGGUGGUGCGAUUUCACGCCGUCGUCGGUCGUGCUGGAUUCCCGCGCGGGGUUUCUGAUGACUGACGCGGUGCUUAUAACGGCGGAGAUUCUCAUUCUUAACGAGUCCGUGUCGUUCUCGCGCGACAACGAGGUGCUCGCGUCGUCGAUUACUCCCGCUACCGGGGAGGUUGUUAGCGGGAAAUUCUCGUGGAAAGUUCACAACUUCUCGCUGUUUAAGGAGAUGAUUAAGACGCAGAAGAUCAUGAGUCCCGUGUUUCCUGCCGGAGAUUGCAACCUCCGUCUGAGCGUCUACCAGUCAUCGGUCAACAACGUCGAUUACCUCUCCAUGUGCCUCGAGAGUAAAGACGUCGAUAAGUCGUCCGGCCCGGAGCGCAGCUGCUGGUGCCUGUUCCGCAUGUCGGUGCUGAAUCAACGGCCGGGAUCGAACCACGUGCACAGGGACUCGUACGGCCGAUUCGCGGCGGACAACAAGAGCGGAGACAACACGAGUCUGGGGUGGAACGACUAUAUGCGCAUGGCGGAUUUUGUUUCCGCGACUGCCGGGUAUCUCGUGGACGAUACGGCGGUGUUCAGCGCGUCAUUCCACGUCAUCAAGGAGUCGAGCACGUUCUCCAAGAACCCGUCGCUGCCGGGCGGGCGCGGCAGCAACGUGAAGAAGGGCGACGGGUACUUCGGGAAAUUCGUGUGGCGGAUCGAUAACUUCACGCGGCUGAAGGACCUGCUGAAGAAGCGCAAGAUCACGGGGCUGUGCAUUAAGAGCAAGCGGUUCCAGGUCGGCGGGCGCGACUGCCGCCUCAUUGUUUACCCGCGAGGUACGGUUGCGCUGCGCGUGCGGUGUGCACUGCUUGUGAGGUGUGCACUAGCUGUGAGGUAUACACUAGUCGUGGUAGGGUCUCGUCGGGUGAAGUCUCCUGUGCCGAAUUUCGCUUUUCUGUUCUCCGCGUUUACGUACAUUUCCCCCCUCCCCAAUUCUGCGUUCGUCGCGCCGUCUCUUCCGCCGUUUUCUCGCACUUUUAUCGCUUUUCACCAGCCCACUACGACCCUCCCGUCCCUUUCCGUCGCCGCCUUUCUCGCCUUGCCCGCCGCUUCUGUUCCCUUCCCCCUGUUCCCCGUCCACCAUGCACCGAAUUCCACCCGCCCAGACCAGACGCAGCCGCCGUGCCACCUAUCGAUGUUCCUUGAAGUCACGGAUUUGCACGUGCCCUCUGCCCUACCCGAAGUUACUCCCGUAUCCCUCCUUAUCCCCCCAUUUCCCCCUACUUCCCCGCUGUUUCCCCCAUAUCCCUCCGACCACACCCGCGCAGGCCAGUCGCAGCCGCCGUGCCACCUGUCCAUGUUCCUCGAGGUCACAGACUCGCGCGUGCCAGCAGCCGACUGGAGCUGCUUCGUGAGCCACCGCCUGUCCGUCGUCAACCAGCGGCAGGAGGACCGGUGCGUCGCCAAGGAGUCGCAGAACCGCUACAGCAAGGCCGCGAAAGACUGGGGCUGGCGCGAGUUCGUUACCCUCACCUCGCUCUUCGACCUAGACUCGGGGUUCCUUGUAUCGGAUACUGUGGUGUUCUCCGCGGAGGUGCUUAUACUGAAGGAGUCGUCGUUUCUGUUCGAGUAUACGGACGAGGGGGCGGCGUCCCCCGCGGGGCUGGUGGGGAUAGGGGGCGCGGGGACGGCGCAGCUGAUCGCGGGGGGCGCCAUGGACGUGACAGGCGCGAAUAAGAUCGCCAAGCGCGGCGUGUUCACGUGGAAGGUGGAGAAUUUUCUGGCGUUCAAGGAGAUCAUGGAGACGAGGAAGAUCUUCAGCAAGUUCUUCUCCGCUGGCGGCUGUGAUCUCCGCAUUGGCGUGUACGAGUCGUUUGACACGCUGUGCAUCUACCUGGAGAGCGAUCAGGCGAUGGCGGGAGCAGGGCCGUCCACAGCCACCACCAUGGCGGCAACGGACAUGGACAAGAACUUCUGGGUGCGCUACAAGAUCGGCAUCGUCAACCAGAAGGCGGCGGAGGCGAGCGUGUGGAAGGAGGCGAGUGUGUGCACGCGCACGUGGAACAACAGCGUGCUGCAGCUCAUGAAGGUCGCGGAGCUGCUGGACCCGGAGGGCGGGUUUCUCGUGCGCGACACGGUUGUUUUCGUCUGUGAUAUCCUCGACUGCUGCCCCUGGUUCGAGUUCUCGGACCUCGAGGGCGUUCCUGCGCAGGUUAUGAUGUCAGACGAGGAGGAAGACGAGGAGGAGGAGGAGGACGAUGAGGAGGAUGAGGAUGGGGACGGGCUCAGCACAGACGGGGAGGAGCUGCUAGAUAGUGACGACGGGGAGGUGGGCUUGGGAGGACCAGGAGGCCCGGGGGGUGCUGGAGGGUUGGGGACCAUGCCUUCCUCCUCCUCUUCCCUUGCCCCGCCCUCCUCCGCCGGUUCUGCUGCCGCUGUGGCGGCUUCUGCUGCUGCCUCUGCUGCUGCCUCUGCUGCUGCGUCUGCCGCUGCUUCUGGUGGUGGUGGUGGAGGCUCGUCUGGGGCUGUGACGGGAGGGGCAGUGGCGGGGGCAGGAGGGGGGUUGAUGGGGGAUGAGGAGGACAUAUUCCGCUCGCUGCUGGUGCGCGCGGGGUUCCAUCUGAGCUACGGGGACAGCUCCCCCCUGCUGCUGGACCCCACGCAGCUGCAGGUGACGCUGCGGGAGAAGCUGCUCAUGGAUGCGGGCGCAGUGGCCACCUUCCUGGGCGGCCUGCGCACCUACCUGGACGACCCCACCAAGAUUAAGCGCCUCUUCCUCCCCCCCGCGCAGCCCGCCUCCGCCUCCUCCGCCUCUGCUUCCGCUUCCGCCCCGGCCGGCGCGUCUGGCGCGGGGGGAAGAGGCGGGUAUGGCAAGGGAGGGAGGGGCGGGCAGCAGCGGGGGCAGAACCAGGGCCGGGGGGGACAGGAGCAGGGGGGAGCGCAGGGGCAGGGGCAGGCGCAGGGGCAGGGGGGAGCACAGGGUCAGGGGCAGGGGGAGGGGGAGCAUCCGUCGCUGGUGAAUCUGCUGAUGGGGGUGAAGGUGCUGCAGCAGGCCAUAGUGGACUUGCUUUUGGAUAUCAUGGUGGAGUGCUGCCAGCAGCGCGCGCCCUCCCAGGGCGACGCAGACGCUGGCCGCCUCUUUGGCACAGACGACACUGCAACCUCCCUCCCCACUCUUCCAGUCCCCCUCCCUUCCGCCACCACGCCUCCGCUCGCCCCGUCCGCCUGCACCCCUCCGCCAUCCCUCCCCGCGUCAGCCCCCCCUUCCGCCCCCGCCACCCGCGAGGGGAAGCGCGGGGGCGGCGGGGGCGCGGGUGGCGCGUCAGGGGGGCGGAGAGACGCCGCGGAUUCCGCCUUCCAGGAGCUGUCAGUGGCGCAGAGGCUAGAGCAGGGGCACGGGGGAGCGGGGGGAUCCGACGCGGCCGUGCAGAGCAGCAGCUAUGGCAGCGGAUACGGGGUUAAUGGGGGUGGGGGGGGACGGCGGGGCGGAAGCAGCACAAGCAGUGGGGGAGGAGGGAAGGGAGCGAGCGCGGGGGCAGCAGGGGGCGUGUUGGGAUCAGGGGGGAGUGGCAGCAGCAGCAGUAGUAGUGGGGUUGUGACGGGGAGUGGUGCUGGGGAAGGGUUUGGCGCGCAGGUGGGGGGGAAGGUCGCGGGGGGGAGGGUGAAUGCAGUGGUGGAGGGGGAGAGCAGCAGUAGUGGGUCUGCAGUGACCAGUGUGAACGGAGAGAGCUCGCAGCAGCAGCAGCAGCAGCAGCAACAGAGGGGGCAGCGACAGCUCCCCACAUCGAUCAAAUGGCCGGAGCAGGCAGACGAGCUGCUGGGCAUCAUAGUCGACUCGCUCCGCGCCCUCGAAACCGCCGUGCCGCAAGCCCAGGCCUACCCAUACCCCGACCCGCCGUUGCGGCGCCGCCCGCACUCCGCCCGCAAGGUGGCGAUGGUGCUGGAGCACGCGCCCCGGGCCUUCCAAGCCGAGAUCCUUGGCUUGGUGCCGAGGCUGGUGGAUGUGGAGGAGCAUGGCGAGGCUGCAGCGGCGCUGCUGCAGCGACUGAGACAGCCCAAUGCCGAGCCCAUGAUGCAGCUGCCGGUGGUGGGAGCGCUGGUGCAGAUGGAGUUAGACCCGCUCACCUGGUCGCUGGUACUCGAGGAGGCGGUGCUGCUGCUGCCACACACCACCGACGAUGCCCUUGCUGCGGCUCUCAGCUUCGUGCUUAAAGCUGCCGCCGAGUGCCAGCAGCUCGCCCCUGCUGUGCGGGCAGUGCGGGAGCGGCUGCAGCAGCUGGGUCCCGCCGUCUCCCCGCGCGUUCUCCACGCCCUGCGAGCCUCCGUAGUGGCCCGCGAAGACAUAGCCAUGGCCAUGCUGAGAGACAUAGACGCCGACACACGCCCCUUCAACCCGCACCUCCUCUCCUCCGCAAUGGCUGCGGCAGCCGCGUCCCUCCCCUCGCUGCUGCCCAUGGCCCAGAUGGCGUCUAUGGGGCAGAUAGAUCUCUCUCACUUGCAGCACUCGCUCACGCCCGAGGCUCUUGAGAGUCUCGCUGCGUUUGCCUCAGCCUCUGCUAACAGUGGGACUGCUGCUGCGGCGGCGGCAGCUGUGGCGGCUGCGGCGGCUGGGGCGGGGAGUGCCGGGGUGAUGGCGAGCGGGGGCGGUGGUGGUGGAGUGGGAGGGGGAGUGGGAGGGGGAGUGGGAGGGGGUAGCGUGUCCGCUGGGGCGUCGGGAGGGGGGUCUCCUGGAGGGACUUUCACCAGUAGCAGCUCUGCUGGCUUGAGUGCAAACUCUCUGACCACCUUCUCCCCCUACGCCUCCUCCCCCGCCCCCGCUCUCCCCUCAUCCUCCCCCGCGGCUGCCGCAGCAGCAGCAGAGCUCCAGCUGGCGGCCGCACAGCAGGCUGCUGUCAUGGCAGCUGCAGCCGCCGCCUGCUGGCGUGUCGCUGACGUGGACAUGCUGAUGGAGAUGCUGACGCUGCCACGUCUGCGGGGGAACGCGCAGGCGGUGUUUGAGCGGGCGGUGGCGCGAGGGGCGUUUGGGGAGCAGGCGAUGGUGAUGGUGCUGGAGAGGCGCCGGUCUCAGCAUCUGGCCUCGCUGUCUGCUGCGUCGGCGGGAGGAGGGAUGGACGGGAUGGAUGGGAGUGGGAUGGCGGCGGGUGCUGCUGGGUUGCCGGCCCUGACGGGAUCAACGACGGGUGGGAGUGAGGUAGGGGAUGAGCAGCAGCAGCAGCAGCAGCAGCAACAGCAGCAGCAGCAGCAACCCCAGCAGCAGCAGCAGAGGCAGCAGCAGGGGAAGCAGCAGCCGGCGCAGCAGCUUUCUCGAAAGAAAAGGCGACAGCAGCAGCAGCAACAGCAGCAGCAACAGCAACAACAGCAACAGCAGCAGCAGCAACAGGAACAGCAUGAGAGGUGUCUCGAGCCCUGCAGCUCCACAUGCACCGCCGGAGCAGCAGCCGCCGCAGCAGCAGCAGCAGGGGCAACCAUCACCCCCUCCACCUCCCCGGCCCUCGACCCCUCUGGAAACGCCCUUGUCCCGUCCAGCUCCUCAGGGCUAGGCACCGGGCUGGAAGACACGGAUUUCCCCACUGUGAUCGGGCUCGCAGAGGCGCUGGCGAUGAGUGAGGAGCAGCGCGUGCGGGAGUUUGUGGGCACGCUGUAUGCGGUGCUGUACAAGGUGUAUGGGGACGCGGGACGCCGGGAGCGCAUAUUGAGAGGGCUUGUGGCGAGAGUGACGAGCUGCCAGCGAGGCGCGCCGGAAGGGGAGCUUGGUCUUGAUAUCUUGUCAUUCCUGGCGCAAGAGGAGGGGGUGGCGCGGCCAGUGCUGUCUCUCAUGCGCGAGGCGGCUGACGUGGCGGUGCAGGAGAGGGCGGUCGUGUGGCAGCAGCUGCAGGCCACGGAGGGGGAGUUGCGGGCGGCGAGGGCGGAGGGGCAGGGGCAGGUGGAGCGGCACGGGCGGGAGAAGGCGAGCCUGCAGCAGAAGCUGAGCGAGGCUGAGGCGUCUGUAGGCAAGCUCAAGGCUGAGCUGAAGGCUGAAGCAGAGAAGGGAGCGAAGGAGAGGCGAGAGGCGGUGGAGAGAGUGAGGGAGAUGGAGGGGGCGGUGGAGUGGGCCAAGGCGGAGAAGGACGACGCGGUGAGCAAGCUGGCGGGGGAGAAGCGCCAGCUGGCGGAGCGGCUGAGGGAGAGCGAAUCGCAGCUCACGCAGCUCAAGUCGCGCAAGCGGGAGGAGCUCAAGAAAGUGGUGAAGGAGAAGAACGCCCUAGCAGAGCGCCUCAAAGCCGCAGAGCAGGCGAGGAAGCGGUUCGACGAGGAGGUCAAGCGCUUUGCCACGGAAACCGUGUCUCGCGACGAGGCUCGGCAGUCCCUGGAGGAGGAGGUUCGGCGGCUGACGCAGACGGUGGGGCAGACGGAGGGGGGGCUCCGGGAGAAGGAGGAGCAGGUGCAGCGAUACGAGGCAUACAUUGAUGGCAUGGAGGCAAAGCUGCAUGCUCACCAGGAUUAUAUCCAAACCCUGGAGGCAUCCCUUCAGGAGGAGAUGUCUCGGCACGCGCCGCUGUAUGGCUCUGCUGCAGCGUCAGCCUCACAAUCUCUCCUCGUUGCGCCUGCCCUGGGUGCUCUUUAUCUCUCCAACCGCCCCACACCCUCGCACCCCGGGGCCAUGCCCUCUUUACCCAUGCCUGCUGCUGGCUUGGCCGGACCGGGUGUUGCCGGCCCUGCUGUGGCUGGGGUUCCAGGGAUGGGGCCCGGGAUGGGAGCGGGAGUUGCUGCUGCUGCUGGAGUGGGAAUGGGCAUUCGGCCUGUUCAUCCUGCAAACGGCUUGCCGCCGCAUGCGCUGAGUCAUCCGGCCGGCGGUCUGACUCAUCAUGCUGCAGUUGCUUCUGCUGCUCCUGGUAGCAGAGUGCCUGCUGUGGCCUCGGCCAAUAGCAGUCUGCCUUCCACCAGUGGGCCGCAGACGAAUGGGCCGUUGGGUCCUUGGUUUGCUUCUCAUUAG